CAGCGGACAUGGGGGAACCCGGGAGAUCCAUGCGGAUCUUAGUGACAGGGGGCUCCGGGCUGGUGGGCAGAGCCAUUCAGCAGGUGGUGGCAGAUGGGGCGGGCCUGCCCGGAGAGGACUGGGUGUUUGUCUCCUCCAAGGAUGCAGACCUCACGGAUGCAGCGCAGACGCGGGCCCUGUUUGAGAAGGUCCGGCCCACACACGUCAUCCAUCUAGCCGCAAUGGUGGGGGGCCUGUUCCGGAACAUCAAGUACAAUUUGGACUUUUGGAGGAAAAACAUUCACAUCAAUGACAACGUUCUGCAUGCAGCCUUUGAAGUGGGCACCCUCAAGGUGGUCUCCUGCCUGUCCACCUGCAUCUUCCCUGACAAGACCACCUACCCUAUUGAUGAGACCAUGAUCCACAGCGGCCCCCCUCACAGCAGCAACUUUGGCUACUCAUACGCCAAGAGGAUGAUUGACGUCCAGAACAGGGCCUACUUCCAACAGCACGGACGGACCUUCACUGCAGUCAUUCCCACCAAUGUCUUUGGGCCCCACGACAACUUCAACAUUGAGGAUGGCCAUGUGCUGCCCGGCCUCAUCCACAAGGUGCACCUGGCCAAGUGCAGCGGUUCGGCGCUGACAGUGUGGGGUACGGGGAAACCUCGGAGGCAGUUCAUCUACUCACUGGACCUGGCUCGGCUCUUCCUUUGGGUCCUCCGAGAGUACAGUGAGGUGGAGCCCAUCAUCCUCUCAGUGGGCGAGGAGGAUGAGGUCUCAAUAAAGCAGGCGGCUGAGGCUAUAGCGGAAGCCAUGGACUUCCAUGGGGAGGUCAUCUUUGAUACAACCAAAUCGGAUGGACAGUUUAAGAAGACAGCCAGUAAUUGCAAGCUGCGGGCCUAUCUGCCGAACUUCAAGUUCACUCCUUUCAAGCAGGCUGUGAAGGAGACUUGCACCUGGUUCACGGACAACUAUGAGCAGGCCCGGAAGUGA